AUGAUCAUCUCUGCACCCGAUCAAUUUGAUAUUCGCAUCGUUGACUCGUCCAUCACAGCAGCGGCACCACGGCCGCAAAGUUUGGUGUCUCUCACUGAUCCUUUGUACUACGCCUACUUGGCCGGAUUCUUUUACCUCAUCGCGUGUCGUGGAGACGAGCACGACGGGCGGGUCGAGUGGAAUCAGGGUGUUGCCCUGACAGAAGCUCCGCUUGGCCAUUGUUUUGGUGAGAUGCAAGAUCAGCAGCGUCUAGACUCGACAAGUCGCUCGGUGGAGGACCGUUGCUCAGCGCAGCCCCAGUCGGCCGAUCCCAUUUAA